GGGUGAGAGCUGCCGUCGGGGCGGGAGGAGGAGGAGGGGCCCCGGCGGCGGCGGGCAGAGGCGCGCAUGGAGCGGCCGGGGAGCAACGGGAGCUGCCCGGGCUGCCGGCUGGAGGGGGGCCCGGCGGCGGGAGCCGCCACCGGCCUGGCGGCCGUGCUUAUCUUCACCAUCGUGGUGGACGUGCUGGGCAACGCGCUGGUCAUCCUCUCCGUACUGCGGAACAAGAAGCUCCGCAACGCCGAGGCAGCUGCAAACGGAGGAGCCAGCUCAGGUAAAACCCACGUCCCUUCAGCCGACCCGCGCUGGGAGGAGCGGGGCAGAGGCGCAGGCAACAUCUUUGUCGUCAGCUUGUCUGUCGCAGACCUCGUGGUUGCGGUUUAUCCGUACCCUCUGAUCUUGAGUGCCAUCUUCCACAAUGGAUGGACCAUGGGAAAUGUUCACUGCCAGAUAAGUGGGUUCCUGAUGGGCUUAAGUGUCAUCGGGUCCAUUUUCAACAUCACGGCGAUUGCAAUCAACCGCUACUGCUACAUCUGCCACAGCCUUCGGUACGAUAAGCUCUUCAACCUGAAGAACACCUGCUGCUAUCUCUGCCUGACCUGGAUACUCACGGUGGUGGCAAUUGUGCCAAACUUCUUUGUUGGCUCCUUGCAGUAUGACCCCCGGAUUUACUCCUGCACCUUUGCCCAGACGGUGAGCACAUCGUACACCAUCACAGUGGUGGUGGUUCACUUCAUCGUCCCGCUCUCCGUCGUGACAUUUUGCUACCUACGGAUCUGGAUUUUGGUGAUUCAAGUCAAACACCGGGUGAGACAAGACUGCAAGCAGAAGCUCAGGGCAGCUGACAUCCGAAACUUCUUGACUAUGUUUGUGGUUUUCGUCCUUUUUGCUGUGUGCUGGGGACCAUUAAACUUUAUUGGCCUAGCUGUUUCGAUUAAUCCUUCCAAAGUGCAGCCACACAUUCCAGAAUGGCUUUUUGUCCUGAGCUAUUUUAUGGCCUAUUUUAACAGCUGCCUCAAUGCUGUGAUCUAUGGGCUUCUUAACCAGAAUUUUCGGAAGGAAUACAAAAGGAUAUUGCUGACGCUGUGGACUCCCAGGCUGCUGUUCAUUGAUGUGUCCAAGGGCGGGACAGAAGGGAUGAAAAGCAAGCAUUCUCCAGCCAUAACAACCAACAACAACCACGCUGAAAUACACCUAUGAGUCAGGACAGUACUAUUUAUUCUGGAUUACAGUUGUAUAUAUAAUAUAUAAGAGCCUUUCUAGCUGUGUGCACUGCACAGCUGGUGUUGCCCUCAUGCAAGGAAGGAGUCUGCAACCUUUCAUGCUUAGCUUAUUGCUGUGACAUCAAGGCUUUGAGUAAGGAUUUUCAGAAUGGAAAUGACUAAUCUUUUUUUUUUCAUAUGGCAUCUUUCACUGUGUGCCUAAUUAAUUGGUUUGGUUGCUUUUGCCACAAGCAUGCCAAUACCCGAAAAGGGAAGCGUUCGGAGUGCAUGGAGAAAUGCAGUUAUGCUUGAAAUGCAACCUUCAAGAGACAGCAAAAUUGCCAUUUAUUACACACAAACCUUUCUCCCCUCCUUCUGAAUUCUAUUUUUCUAGCAUUAACUUAACCCAAACUGUAUCAAACAAAGUGUAAACUGCAUGGCUUUUUACAUUUUAGAUAGGUAACCUUAUUAGCCAGCAGGCGUAUGUAUGGGCAUGGUGUGUGUUUUCCUUUUUCUUUCCUCUUAACGUUUAGGAGCUAGCCUGGGCUAGAUGUGAGGCAGGCAGAAGCCAGACCACUGUGUGUCCGACGCACUCAUUUUAAUUGAAUAUCUACAGAUAUUAAGUAUCCUUGCAUUCUCCUUCCCAGGCCAUGAGUAAGAAUAUGGCAUAUGACAUAAUCUAAUUGCAGGAAGAUACUUGGAGCCUGAUUCUAAUUUAGGCAGUAUCCUGUCAUGGCCAGCAGUAAUUCCAAACAUCUUUCAAAAGUCACUGCUACAUGAACAUCACAAAAAAAGAGAUGAACAUAGCAGAGUCCCAUCUGUGUAAUGCAGAUUGCAGCUUUAAGUUCCAGUAACAUUGACACUGGCAGACAAAGGGAGAAGGGGAAGGCAGUGUUUGUUCCAAAAACCCCUCCUUUUGCCCAUCACAGAACAUGAAUUUGCUGAUGGGAGAAAAAGUGGAGAUUUUUUUCCUAUUUUAUUCACGUACAGAACUGUAAUUAACUCAUGGAGCUGGGAGACGAAAGCUACUUAAGCCUAAUUAUGCAUCAGUUCUGUUAAAGCCUGAACUGUGCUAUCUGUAUCAUUGGAAACAAUGUCAUGAAGUGCUGGAGUAUCACAUUAGACACAAGCACAUGGGCAAAGAUAAGGCUGUUUCUUUAAUGGAGUAUGAAAGGGGUGUGUGUGUGUGUGACAGCGGCUGUCUGUAAAUAUGAUGACUUCUUUGUUUCCUUAGCUUCAUUGUGAAUUCAUCUCUUUAUGGUUUUAAAUAUGUGGAUUCCUGCUUUGAAACAAUCCCAUUAAAUCAACAGGUAGGACUCCCCUGGUGCAACUCUACCUUCAGGUUAGCACACCUGCCUUGAUGCCAGUGUGCAGAGUGGCACAACAGGGAGAAGGGCAGGUCUGAACCCUGGGGGUCUAACAAGGACAGUAGGCAGCCCUGCCCCUGGUGAAGGACUGCAGUCUUCUCUCUUUGGUUCUAGUCAAAGCAGAACUAGUUCCCAGUGCUGAGCCCUGAAACACCGAGACCAGACUUUGUAGGCGCCUGGAGAUGGAGGUACGUAGGAUUUCCCCAGAGCCUGAGCAGCCUGUGUGCCUAAUCCUUAGUGAAGAUAGUAGGCCGUUUGUGCACUGCUUUCUGAACCCAACUUGCUGCUGAAUGUCCCUUCUGCUGAUUUUUGGGGGGAAGAGGAAUUGAGAGAAAUUAAGGCUCUUUCUGAAGUGGGCCAAGGAACUUUGCAUGGUGCGUUGCCUCCAUAAGGACUGAGUGUCUCUGCUGCUGCUGCCAUGUGGUGAAGGUCACUACAGUACCAGGGGGGCCCUGCAUUUAUAGGGUGCCCUGGCACUUAGGAAGUUUCAAACUUGAACAUCUCAGCCACUUCAGAUGAUUGUUGUUUUAAAAUGUACUGCAGCCAGCCUCCCAUAAUAGGAAUCAAACUGAGUUCUGUUUUGGCCUCUUAAUCUGCCUCAGCAUGGCCAAAUAAAGGUAUUUUGACCCUCAGAAAUAACUGUUGUCUGUUCGCCUUCCAGAAAAACCACCCUGGAUGAAUUCACACCAUUCCAUGCAAGCAAAAUCAUUUUGAGUUAAACUUGGAUAAGAAAAGCACUGAGGAAUCCAUAACUGCAGAGAGUGUUUGUCCUAUCACACCAGGGAGAUGUCCCAUGUUCCAUGACUAGUCUUCAAAGUCAUUUGCAUUAGCUACAACAGUGUUAGUUAGAAUCACAUUAGCAAAUAAUUUGAAGCAUCUAGUGCCAAGUGAAAUGUACUGCUUAAAGACAAUUGUGAAGAAUCUUGUGGAAGUUUGCCAAAUAUCUCAAAUACCCCAAAACUGGGGUUUCGUCUUAUGGAUUCUUGUGUCUUUAACUGAAUGUUCAGUGAAGGUAAUGUGGUAUGGUUUGGGGUUUUUUUAUUCUUUAAGCUUGUAUUUGCACUAUUUCUUAUUCAGGCUCCAAAGUUAUCAGCCAGCAAGUAUUUGAACCAAACCAAGUCCAAAGAGGUCCCAAACAGGCAAGCUGUGAGAGUCCCUGCUACACCUGGCAGGAAUGGGAGCAGCAGGAGCACGGUAGAGCAUCUCCCCAGGACUCACAGAGUCACCGCUCAACCAAACUAUGCAAAAUGAUCUGCUUGUCUUCUGCUGCAGGGUCUGAGCCCAGCUCCUGCCCAGGUCUCUGCAGGGGACAGGCAAAGUACCUGCUGUGCUAGGGUGGGUGUGAGCAGCUCCCUGCAGUGCAGACCCUGCAGGCUGGCCAUGGCUCUGCGGUGGGUGCAGGGUGGCUCUGGUAGCACAGGGAGCACAGCCCUGGCACGACCUGUUCAGAAGGGCUCUGCGUGUCCCAGGGAGGUGCCCAGGGCUGGGCUGAUUCAGCCACCAUGGUCGGAGGCUUGAGCUCAGUCCUUCUGGAGCUGAGGUUUGCAAUAUGAACCAUGGAAAGCAGGGAAUGUGGCCUCAAACAGGAAACACUGUGCCGUUUGUUAGCACUUUGGGAGAGGCAGCACUUAGGAUAGGAUAGAGUUUUAUACUGACUUAUUUUAAAACUACCUGAGCAGCUUCUUAUUUUUAUGUUAAGAAAUGGUUAACAGGGUACAGAGAGUUUAUUUUUGUUAGCAUUUGUUUACAGAAAAAGGGAAGUGUGUUUUAGCUGAGAAUUCUGAGCAGUGUCACAGCUUCCCUAUGGGAAUCUAGCUUUAAUCCAAAUUUGAGAUUUCAAUGAGAUCCCACAUCUUAAAUCACACUCUGCCAGUUCCACCUGUUGCAUAUCUGGGCUUAAGUCUCAUUGAGAUCUCAUAUAAACUAGUUUCAAAUCACUUGCUCUGGGUUUGAUCUGGUGUGUCGAAUACCUAUUCUAGUCCCAAACUCUAAAAUCGUUGUCGUGGAAACUUAUGGAGAGGCAGUAUUGCUGUGAAGGAAGAUGAAUCUCUUGCCACAAAGAAAUAUUUUUGGAUGUUGCUAAUGAAUGUUGUUUAAUCUAUUUAAAAAGAAUGUAACCAAUAUAUUUAUAUAUAAAUGUGUAUUGCACAUGCUGUUUUCAUUUUAAUGUUUGAUUGAGAAUCCUUCAGUAUACUUUCCUAUUGCCAUUUUUGUUCAUAAAAUAGAUUAAUUCCCUUUACCUGUCAAAAAUGUAAUAAAUCUGCCAUUGGACUACUUACUGAUUUUUUUUCUCCACUAGCAGUUACUUUUUAAUAAAUAUUUGGAACAUCA